CGCGGUGCGGACUAAUGACGCACUGUACAGGCGCCGGCAGUUGGCUCCCGAUGGAGCGGGAGCAGUUGGUGCGGAAGGUGGUCUUGUUGCAGGCCUGCGUCCGGGGUUUCCUGGCCCGACGCCAUUUCCAGAGUCUACGGGCUGAGUAUGAGGCUGUUGUACGAGAGCUCGACGGUGAUCUGGGCACGCUACAAUGGACUGAGGGCUGGAUUCCCAGACCUAAGUUUCUCCCACAGAAGGCAAAAUCCCAUCGGACCUGGAAAGCCAGAGAGAGGGUACCAAAGCCAGAACAGGAACCAUGGAGCUGCUUCUCACGUAAGGAGCCUGAGAGAGAAGUCAUCCCGGAGGAGAUGGUGCUGAAGAAGUCAGGAGAGAGCUCGGCAAACUCAGACAGUCUUCCCUGCAGAGAUGACAGCCCGUGGCUUCGGGAUGAGCAGAGCAGGAAAACCGGGAAACCCAACCAAGAGAAGAUCAGAGAUAUGUCAAGGAUGGAGAACCCAGGUUCAUCUCUGCUAGAUCAAGAAGCCGAAGGUCCAGGACUGCCCCACAGGCCAGCUGAGCUCCAAGACCUCCAGUACCGCCGCAGCCACUUGGCCAUGGAACUGCUCUGGCUACAGCAGGCCAUCAAUAGCCGUAAGGAGUACUUAACUCUCAGACAAACACUGCAAUCCCCAGAGGCGAGCCCAGACCACAGGGGACAGGCCUGUGAGAGAGCUGGCUCACAACCAGGCCCACCACUGGAAGACCAGUGCUGCAGAGCCAGAACCGCUGGAGAGCCAGGCCAUGCAGAUGCCUCUUGCUGGAGGCUCAAGUCACAACCCCACAAAUCCCCAGAAAGACUGGCCACUACAGACAAAGCCACUGUCAGGAACAAGUACAGGGACUCAUGUCGCAGGAGGGCUGGACCACAGCUGCCCAUACCAUCAGAUAACCAGACCAUGGAGAAUAGACUCACCAAAGAGCCACACCAUGGGGACCAGACCUUUAGAGGGGCCUGCCUGCAGCUGACAAAACUUCGGGAGGACCAGACUCCUAAAGGCCUCAAACCUAAGGGUCCCUGUUCUGGAAAGGCCAGAACACAGCUACCCACGCUCCAUGUAGACCUGAAUACUGAAGACAGGUCUCCCAGAGGGCCAGACCACAAAAAGCUGGAGUGCCAACGAGCUAGGCCACGAGAGUUGGGCCUCUCAGAAGACCGUGUCAUCUGGGAUGGGACUUCAGCAGAACAUGAUGGCCAGGAUCUCUGGAAGACUAAACCACCCAAGGGCCAGACCGCCUAUAAUAACAGCUCUAGAGAUAGAGCUUCCAAGGAGCCUAGCUCUGAAGGAUGGAAAAACCAGAGGACUGGAUCAUGGAGAUCAAGGCCAUCUGAAAAACUGUCUUCCACAGGGUCAGACAGCAUAGAAGAGCACCACUGGAGGGGCAAGCUGUGGAAAACAGGACCACCAGGCUAGUCCCUGGGGUGGCGGAGGUCCAAGGGCUGUACAAGGGCAAGGAGACGGGUCCUCAUCCUCAAUCUCUGGUACCAGCUCUACAUCCUGCCCCUCCCUUGGUGGCCAGUGGGGCCAAGAAAUGCUGGAGCAAAAGGCUGACACCAGUACAGGGAGAGGAGGGAGAAGGACAUGCUUUCAUCCUCUGCCUGUGGCUCAGUGCGAAUUCUGGACAGGGAGUUACUGGUUAAGUGGGAGACCUGAUGGAGAAUAAAGGUAUUUCUUGGAUUCUGA